AUGAAAGCCUUCGCUUUGAGCAUUUGUGCGCACCCGAGCCCACCUCAGCCAGCCGAGCAUAGCCUAGAGUUUCGAAAUGCAGAGUUCAACGAGACGCUUGCUUUGCAGGAAAACGCCGAGAAAAAUCCCCCAGAAAAGAGGUUUUUCGGUGCAAUCAUCAACGUGGUCUUCACGAUUGCCGAGCCAUUCUUUCCCGUCGAGGUUGGAUUGCUGAAAUUCGUUGGCAAUAGCGUCAACCUAGGAGUCCAGUGUAUUGGAUUCGCAACUGGCGCAACCUCGGGGACCGAUUGCAUAAUCGCCGCGGCUGAUCUUGCUCUCAACGGAUACAUGGUGGCCGCAGCAGUUAAUGAAGCAAACGGCAUAGACAAAAGAUUCGAAAACAGCACGUUCGUGGCCGCGCCGUACAUGGUCUUCCACAAUGGCGUUCCCGGAACCGCCGACUUUCAGGAUCUUAUUAGAAAUCGCCUGAACGAUACUCACUGGGUCCAUAUAGCCUCCAGCUCAAAAUACAGCAAUCUGGAUCAACAGCUCCACAUUAAACACGCAGAUAAGUCGGUCCUAGGGCCAUCAAGCAGAUCAAAGCCCGUGUUCCAUGUCCGAGUCAACACCACCAUGACUUCAGGUUUGAAACGGAAUGAAGGUUCUGUCAAUGGUCUUGUAUUCGACUACUUGUGGGAUGAAGGCAAUGAGAGUCUGGCGAGACAGUUCAUGGAUAGUGGAGCCGAGGAUGUAGGCAAUGACUUGGGCUUUGCCAUUUCCGGCUGGAUGGAGGAGAACAGCUCAGAGGCCAAUUGUGCUUCUCUGGCGGCUGGAUCAGUUGACGAUAACGGGAACUCUGACCCUCCCGUGAUCAACAGAGCUUUGGCGGCCUAUGGCUGGAACAAUCAAGCUUUUCAAUUUGACGGCCGAGCUGGUAGCUAG